AUGGAGGCUCGCAAGGUUAUCCACAAUGUGCAAGGCAUCUACGGCGGCCAGGCCACCAAGGGCACUCUGCGCUUGACCGACUUCCACAUGGUCUUUUGCGCGCCCGUCGGCCCGCCGGCGAACGACACAGCUUCAACCCCACCCAAGACGAGGGAGCGAUGGCUCACAUACCCGAUGCUCUGCUACUGCGCACUGCGGCCGACUCCUCCUACCUCGCGACAGGCACCCUCUGUCCGCCUCCGCUGCCGCGAUUUCACAUUCGUUACAUUCAACUUUACCGAGAAUGAGGCGGCUCGCGAGGCCUACGACUUCAUCCGGGGGCGUACGUGCAAGUUGGGAACUGUAGAGAAGCUCUUUGCGUUCAGUCACAAGCCCCUUAAGAACGAGCGGGAGGUGAAUGGUUGGGAAAUAUACGACCCCAAAGCGGAGUUCCGGCGGCAGGGCAUCAGCGAGAAACUUGCCGACCGGGGCUGGAGGAUCACGCACAUCAACAAGGACUACGCCUUCUGCGACACCUACCCGGCAUUCCUCGUCGUGCCGUCAAAGAUCUCGGAUAAUGUCCUCAAAUACGCGAGGGAAUUCCGAUCACGAAACCGCGUGCCUGUGCUGUCCUACAUCCACCCCAUUAACAACUGCACAAUCACUCGGAGCUCGCAGCCGCUCGCUGGCAUCACCAGGAAGACUAACGUCCAAGACGAAAAGCUCGUUGCAGCCUCCUUCUCGGCCUGGGUCCCGGGAGGCUCGGAAGAGCCUACACCCCCAUCAAGCCAGCUCGACAUAUCUAAUGGAGGCUCUAUGUUGGAGUCCGAGCUGUCAGAUACAGAGCGAUAUGAGGACGAACUCAUUUCGAAGUCGGCAGCCAUAUACGAUGAAAAGACGGGCGAGCAGGUUGUGUACGGGCGCCAACAGACCAACAUGAUCGUCGACGCCCGGCCAACCAUAAAUGCCAUGGUCAACCAGGUUCAGGGCAUGGGCUCUGAAAACAUGGACAAGUAUCCGUUUGCAACAAAGUCUUUUCUUAGUAUCGAAAACAUCCACGUCAUGCGGAGCUCGUUGGGCAAGGUCGUCGAGGCCUUGAAGGACGCCGACGUCUCGCCUCUGCCGCCCAGCCGCGAUUUGCUGCACCAGAGCGGUUGGCUGCGGCAUGUUCACAGCGUUCUCGACGGCUCGGCUAUUAUUGCCCGUAGGAUUGGCAUCAGACACUCUCAUGUGCUCAUCCACUGCUCCGACGGCUGGGAUCGAACAAGCCAACUGAGCGCACUUGCCCAAAUAAUGCUGGAUCCUUAUUACCGGACCCUCGAAGGUUUCAUCGUCCUUGUUGAAAAGGAUUGGCUGUCAUUUGGGCACAUGUUCCGGCUACGAUCCGGCCACCUCAACCACGAGGACUGGUUCACUGUCCAGAAGGACGCAUUCGCAGGGUCUAAAAUCCAACCAGGGGAGAAUGAUGGCCGCAACGACGCCUUCCAGAACGUGCUGAGUGGUGCGAAGAGGUUCUUCAACCCGAACAAGGACGAUGCCGACCUUGAUGCAAUUAGCGAAACGGCAUCGGGGAAAGUCGUCGACGACGAAGCAACCACUCCCAAAAUGGUCAGCCCCGUUUUCCACCAGUUUCUGGACUGCACGUACCAGCUGGUGCGACAGAAUCCCAACCGCUUCGAGUUCAAUGAGAGGUUCCUACGGCGUCUGCUAUACCACCUCUACUCGUGCCAGUACGGAACUUUCCUGUACAAUUCUGAGAAGCAGAGGAAGGACGCCAGAGUGAGCCAGCGGACAUCGUCGGUGUGGGACUACUUUCUUUGCAGGAAGGCCGAGUUCACAAACCCCGACUACGAUCCCACUAUCAACGACAGGGAACGCGGCCAGGAGCGCAUCCUUCUUCCCAAUCUCAAGGAGAUAAGGUGGUGGUAUCAGCUCUUUGGGCGAACUGAUGAAGAAAUGAACGGCGCCCUCAACGCUGCGGCGUUGGCAGAAAACGACAGGCAAGCUGCAGUAUCUAGCCUUCAUCAGGGCAGCCCUGGUCCACUAUCCAGGUCGGCUGCUGCUUCACCUAACCCCCCCGGCUUAGGUUCCAGCCAGUCCGUUCUCGCCGCCGUGGAGACAGCCCAUGAAACCCUUACACCUGGCACCCAGCAAUCGACGCUCCGCCGAAGCGCUUCCGCCGAGGGUCCAAGCGCCUUCUCCUCCAUUCGCGAAGGCAUCUCUGGCUUGAACUUGGGCAGAGGCAUGCUCUCCAGUGUUGGGCAAAAUAGCGAAGCGGCGACCGAAACGUCUCGCCAAACCGACCAGGAGCUGCGAGAGAUGGCGUAG